AUGGCGGCAGCAUCAGUUGCGAUGCGGCGUUUCGAGCCCAACUUUUCCGCACAAAAUCAACAAAUGCCGGACUGGACCGACAAAGAACUCAGCACCGGGACAACCAUCAUGGCAGUGGAGUACGACGGCGGCGUGGUCAUCGGUGCAGAUUCUCGUACCACCACUGGAGCUUACAUCGCCAACAGAGUGACAGACAAACUGACGCCCAUCCACGAGCGCAUCUUCUGCUGCAGAUCGGGAUCGGCCGCCGACACUCAGGCCAUCGCCGACGUGGUCACCUACCAGCUGGGUUUUCACAGCAUUGAACUGGACGAGCCCCCGUUAGUGGAGACGGCCGCAAAUCUGUUCCGGGCUAGCUGCUACCGCUACCGAGAGGAGCUGACCGCCGGGAUCAUCGUGGCGGGUUGGGACCGCAGGAAGGGCGGACAGGUGUACUGCGUUCCCGUCGGCGGAAUGCUGGCGAGACAGCCCGUGUCGGUCGGCGGCAGCGGCAGCACUUACAUUUACGGCUUCAUGGACUCCAACUACAAAGCGGGGCUGAACCGGGAACAGUGUUUGGAGCUGACGGCCGCAGCGUUGUCGCUGGCCAUGGAACGAGACGGCUCCAGCGGCGGCGUGGUCCGAUUGGCCAGCAUUUCCGAGGAGGGCGUGGAGAGGCGUGUUAUCCUGGGAAACCAGCUUCCCAAGUUUUCCACACACUGA